AUGAAAUCAUUCACAAUAUCUAUGCAGCGACAUAUCAAAGUAACACCCUAUAACCAGUUACAUAUUCCAUCAUUCCUCUUGGGAUGCUGUGCUACUAUUUUAAUAUCAUCGCUGCAGUCACUGUUCAGUUCAUUGCUUGGUGAUGUAGUGAUUGGUAUUCUACGACUGACUAAAUAUGCUGUAAUGAUGGAAGGGAUAGUUUUAAUUAUCAAGAUACUAAUGGCCGAUGAACAAGAUCGAGUAAUGAAUUCAUCUUCAGCUAAUAGCCACACGAACCCGAAACAUAAUAAUUAG